AUGAAGUCCAAGCUCCUGCUCAUGGAGUCCUUCAAUCGUUGGCGUCCUGAGGUCGACCACUCAUCCACUGAGCUAACCAUGGAGAUCAAGACUCUCACGUCGCGCGUGGAGGCGUUGGAAGCGAAUACCGCUCCGCCAUCAGCCCCGAAGCGCGAGGAAGAGGGGCGGGCCAUGAAACCCACAACAAGAACAUCACCACAGGGGAAUGAUGGGGGGACUCUGGUCCUCACUCAUCCCCUGGCCAAUGAUGAUGUUUUCUUUGUUAGCAAAUUUCUUCAGGGGUUGCAUCCUAACAUCAGAGCUGCUAUUGUUUUACAUAAGCCGAGAACAGUUGAUGUGGCUUUGUCACUGGCUCUUAUGCAGGCUGAUGUGUUGGAGUCUCAACCCAAGUAUUUUGGCAAGCGCCAUUAUCGCGACUACAGCAAGUAUCAAGGCAAGCCACCUCAAGCAGCAGCACCUGGUAUUCUGGGCGCCCCUCCAGCUGAAGAGGCUAAACCCAAGUGGGAAGACAAAUGGACCACACUCAGAGCUCAGCGCCGUGCCCAGGGUUUAUGCAUGAAGUGUGGUGAGAAAUGGGGCACGAAUCAUAAAUGCCCAGAGAAAGUGUCCCUACAUAUCUUAGAAGAAGUCAUGGAACUUUUUCCAGAAGCCAUCAAAUCUGAGCCAACCUCUAAUGAAUCCAGCGACGACGAGGUAUUUUCCUUGUCUCAAGCUGCAACAGUGGGUGUGCAAGGCAGGAAAACCAUCAAAAUCACUGGGUUGGUCAAUAGUCAAGAAAUUCUUAUUCUGAUUGACUCGGGCAGUUCCAGCUCUUUCCUCAGUGAGAAGCCUGCUGACACCUUAAAGUGUGUUCUUACAUCAGCUCCUCCUGUCUCUGUCACAGCGGCCAAUGGUGAAAAGCUUCUGAGUCAGCAGCAGGUCCUCAACUUCACUUGGUGGACUCAGGGUCAUACCUUUUCCACCAAUGUCAGAAUUCUUCCAUUACCUUACUAUGACAUGGUGUUAGGUAUGGAUUGGCCGGAGAGAUUUAGUCCCAUGUGGAUCUACUGGAAGAGAAAAUUGUUGCGGUUCACUCAUGCUGGGCAGAGAAUUAGUCUAAAAGGAGUCAAGGACAAACUGUCUACCUGUCACAAGCUAAAGGCAAGGAAACUUAAGGUUACCAAAUGGAAAUCUUAUCUGCAACACCAAGAGUUCACUAUAGCCACUGAUCAUAAAAGUCUGAUACAUUUGGGAGAACAAAAGUUACAGGAAGGGAUGCAGCAUAAAGCCUUUCUCAAGCUUCUUGGGCUGCAGUACAAGAUAUUGUACAAGAAAGGGUUAGAAAACAAGGUUGCUGAUUCCUUAUCUCGGCAAGCUGAACCUGGCACAGUGGCAGCCAUAUCUACCAAUACACCCAGAUGGCUGGAGAUCAUAGUGGAAGGUUACACAAAAGAUGAUCAAACCAAGCAACUGCUCACAGAACUCAGCAUUACUGGGUCAAAUAAUAAAGGUUUCUCACUAUCUGAUGGUCUCAUCAAGUAUAAAAACAGAAUUUGGCUAGGCAAUCACACAGAAGCACACCGGGCAGUGUUACUGGCACUCCAUUCUAGUGGUCUGGGAGGACACAGUGGUAUUACUGCCACUUAUCACAAGGUUCGAGCCCUGUUUGCCUGGCCCAAUUUGAAGCAGUCUGUCACUAACUACAUCAACGCUUGCGAGGCUUUAUACGGGUACCCACCCAAGCACUUCGGCAUUACACUCACAGAUGCUUGUUCAACUCCUGAUUUGGAGGAUUGGCUCCAGUCCCGUAAUAUGAUGUUGCAGCAUAUCCAGCACAACCUGGCUCGAGCUCAGGAGUGCAUGAAACAUCAAGCUAACAAGAAUCGUCAAGAAAGAACCUUUGCUGUGGGUGAUUGGGUCUAUGUCAAGCUGCAACCCUACAUACAACAAUCUGUUGCCCGUCGUACCAACCAAAAACUGAGUUACAAGUACUUCAGACCCUAUUUGGUGCUCCAAACCGUGGGUAAAGUAGCUUACAAGCUUCAGUUACCUACCAAUAGUCAAAUUCAUCCUGUUUUGCGUGUGUCACAGUUAAAGAAGGCUCUACCUCCGAACACCACCCUGUCGACCGAUGACGAGCUGCAACUUCUCUACAUGCUGGAAGGGCUUCCAUCGUCCCAGGUAUUGGAUAAGCGUCUUCAUCUGGUUGGUCGCCGGGUGGUGCCGGUUGCUUUGUUGCAGCGUGAAUCAUGUCCAGUGCAUUGGGCUACCUGGGAGCGUGCCACUGCUAUACCGGCGUCGCUGAUUCAGUCCUCUGGUUCUGCAUCGCGAGGGCACGCUGCAGCUUAA